AUGGCACCAACAAAGUCCAAGUUCCUCCAAGCGAGGAGAGCUGUUGGUGAUAUUGCUUAUGAUCUUCGUACCAAGAAUUUUUAUGGCAAUGGAGCGCCAGCCAACAACCAAAAUAACGAUGUUGAACCAUCAGGUUGGCAAGACUUCUUAGCUAAGCAAAUCAGUGCAGGCCUUCUUGCCAAUAUCGAAUUUAAUACUGACAACUUCAAUUGGAUUCAAGAUGGCGAGCUUAUUACCAUCAUGAUCCAGAAUAAUGGUCGUUUUGACGCUGAUAGCUUUGAGGUUGAUAACGUCCACAUUCUUUCCCCAAUUAUUGGAGGAAAAUGGUUUUCCGGAAUCUCUGAGCUUGCAAUAGACGUCUCCGAUAUUAUUGAGAUCUCCUUUGUUUCCCAGGAUCCAAAAUGGCCAAUCUUACUCACAGGAGGUAACGUAGAUCCACAGACAGCCUACAACCUUGCUCUCAUAGCAAAGCAAUCAAAUGCUACUUACUACUACGAGUUCUGGAUGAACAAGUCAGCCAACAUGUCAUUCAUCCCAGCAUGCAGAGCUCUCGGUGAUUACUACUACGGAUUGAACAACACAGCUACCUCAUACUAUUGGUAUGCAAAGGCUGCAGAGAAGAAGGACCAAGAAUCUCUUGCCCGCAUCGCCGAAUACAUUUCCACACCAAAUUCACCAGAUUACGACCCAUCUCUCGCUGAAGACAUCUUCAUCCACCUUGCAAAGCAAAGUGUUUCACAGUCAUUGGUCGCUCUUGGUCGUAUGCACCUUAUCCCAAUGAACAACUUUGAUUCAGAUCCAGCACUUGGUUUCAGAUACAUGCAAGAAGCAGUUAAACAAACAGGCGAUCCAGACGCAAUCAAGAUGCUCGCACAGUGCUACCUCCAAGGCCUUGGAACAGAAAAGAAUACAAAGAAAGGCGUAGAACUCCUUGAAGAUUACGGCUUCAACAAACAAGAUCAAGAGAAAGAAGUCAAGAAGGCUGAAGAGGCCGAAAAGUUGGCAGAAGAAGAAAGAAUUGCCGCUGCCAAGAAAGCUGAAGAAGAAAGAAUCGCUGCUGAAAAGAAGAGACAAGAAGAAGCCAGAAUUGCUGCUGAACAAAAGAGACAAGAAGAAGAAAGAAUUGCCGCUGAAAAGAAGGCUGAAGAAGAGAAGAAGGUCCAGGAAGAAGCCAAGAAGGCAGCUGAAGAGAAGAAGGCAGCUGAAGAAAAGAGAAUUGCUGAAGAAAAGAAGGCAGCUGAAGAAAAGAGAAUUGCUGAAGAAAAGAAGGCAGCUGAAGAAAAGAGAAUUGCUGAAGAAAAGAAGGCAGCUGAAGAGAAGAAGGUUCAGGAAGAAAAGAGAAUUGCUGAAGAGAAGAAGGCAGCUGAAGAAGCCAAGAAGGCAGCUGAAGAGAAGAAAGUUGCUGAAGAGAAGAAGGUCCAGGAAGAAGCCAAGAAGGCAGCUGAGCAGCAGAGAAAGGCCGAAGAAAAGAGGAUUGAGAACGCACAGAAGGCAGAAGAAUCAAAGGCUGCCAAGUCCGCACAAGAUGAAAAGCGUACUCCAGGAAAUAAUGAAGAGGCAGUUGAAGGAGAAGAAGAAAUGGUUGUUAGAGAGCGUGCAAUUGGCGACUUAGAUAUGAACGAGUUCGCAGCUGAAAAUGAAGAUGAAGAUGAAAUCUUCGUUGCUCCAUCAACAAAGCCACAGUCAAAGGCAGCAUCAGCCAAACCAGAAAACGAUACCCGUGUUACAAUCAAGGCUGACCAUCCAUCAGAAGUCAUUUCAGAGAAAUCCCCAAGACCAACAAAGUCAGUUGCAAGCCCAGCCAGACCAUCAUCAACAAAGAAGUCAACUCCAUCAACACCAAUCAGCGGUGAUGACCUCGAUGCCAGAUACAGAGCAGCCGUCCAGAAGAGAAUUGAACUCAACGAACAACUCAAGGAUGAACAUGAACGCGUUGUUAAGGAAGAUGCAGAGCGCAUGGCAACGCCACGUAAGACACCAUUGAGAUCAUCAAUGGCAACACCAGUUUCAAACAAGGCAUUUACACCACGCAAGACACCAGAAAUAAAGACACCAGUACAAACACCAGCUGCUGAAAGUGAAGAAGGAUUAGAUCCACGCGAAGCAUUGAGAAGACGUCUUGAAGCAGAGAGAAAGGCAAAGGAAGCAGAAAGAAUGAGAAGAGUUGCAGCAAUCAAGGAAAAGCAGAAUUCAAUCAAGAAGGCAACACCUUCAAAGUCACCACGUAUCAUGAAUUCUCCAGCUACUCCUGCAACACCAGCUACACCAGUACAGACAAAGACAGCAACACCAGCAAAGAGUGUUACUCCAGUCCACUCAAGAAACACAGGAGGAAAUACACCAACUCCUCUUAGAUCUCCAAGAACUCCAAAGUCUCCAAGAACUCAGGAAGCUGCUCGCAGAGCUGCAGAAGCAAUUAUUAAUGCUGGAAACCUUAUCUUCAAUUUCACUGGAAAGGAGCUCAGCACUACACCAAAGUCUAAGUAA